AUGUCGUCGUCGAGUUCGACGGGUCCGAGACCUCAAGCACAUGAUGUGCUGGUCAAGUUCAGCGUGAAGCACCCCCGCCCCGAAGUACUCUACCCAGAGCGAAGAGUUAUCCUCGAGCAAAGCAGAGCCAGCGUCCUGGUUAUUGGUCGAUCCAGCAGGCGAUUCAACAACCUGGAGGCAAAGGGCGACAAUUGCUACUUCGAUAGCCCAGUGAUGAGCCGCGAGCAUGCCAAGAUCACGAUCGACUGGUACCACAAGAAACUCAACAUCAAGGACAUCGGAUCUCUUCAUGGCACCUACCAUAACUCUCAAAGGCUGCAGCCUCGCACGCUCUGCGAGUUGAAACAACAUGACACCCUUAAAUUUGGCAUCGACAUCCAGCGAUCCAACGAACUCUUUCCUCCGUGCACUGUCGAGGUGGAGUGGGAGUGGGAUACCUUGGUGAAAGCUGCGCAAGCCUCCAACGAAAUCAAGUCCCGGCCAUCAUUCGCAGUCCCCGAUGAUUCGGACAGUAGCGAUUGUGAUGAUGGCAUUACCGAGAGCGACGUCCGCGAUACCGCUGUGAAGCUUCGUAAAAUCGGCAUGCUUCCAAAACCGGCCGUAAUCCCAGGCCGCCUUUUCGUCAGCUCCAUCGACCUUACCAUGGAUUCACCCAUGCAUGAGCCAGAGACGAACGGGGAUGCGAUCGACCCAAUCGUUAUCGACGAGGAUAGUCAGACACCUUCGCAGGACCCUGUGGAAUCCUCUCUUAUCACCACACAACGCGAGUUGGGCGCCCCUCACGAGGAAGAGGAGAUUCUGCCACCCAGCCUCGAUGACCAACGCCAACCCCCUCCCGCAUCUUCCUCCGACUCAGAGUCAGAUGACUCCGACGACGAGUCUUAUGACGACGAGUCGUCCAGUUAUCCUGACGAACUCCCCUCGAGCUACGACGACUUGCUCGGCUCUUGUGAAGAGGACAUCAACCUUAGUGCUUCCGACAGUGAUGAAAACAGCGAAGACGAUGAAAAUGAAGAAGAUGAGGAACAGGAAGUCGAGAUUGAGAGUGGCUCAGACGUGGAAAGCGAUAUCGAGCCCCUGGACAUCCCGAGUUAUGAGCCAGACCACCCCAUGGCUGACGACUAUGACUCUGAAUCUGUUGCCGAACAGCCCGACUCGACUCUCUGGGCAGACGAGGGUACAUCUUACAUGUGCUCACAGUCCAUGCCUAAAGCCAACAUAUCACACCAACCCUGCGAUGUCCCGGCCAUUUGGCAGCCGGAGCAACCUAGUGUGCAGAGUGCCCCGUCUCGCCCGCUUAAGCCAAUGCAAAUGCCAGCGCUUCCUCCAAUCGUUUGGCCUGCACUGACUAUUGUAGAGCAGGGUGAACAGUCACGUCCAAAUGACUUCAGAUUGCCCUCGAUCUUGAAUGCUCUUGAUCCACAUGUUGAAUCCUUUUCCGAUGGAAGCAAUUGCGCACAGCAAUCGCCUGCGUCUCGAUCAACGGAGUACUCUGCACAGAAGGAGGUAGUGUCACCGAGUUACACUCACUGGCAGCAGGCCUAUGGGACCCCUAAGCCUAUUGCUGCCACCGCGGACAAAGGCUCCUGGACGUUAUCCCAGAACAAGGAACCAUCGGCCGAAGCACUAGGUCAUCUCAUUGGCAAACCCGAGUUCUUCUCAGCGAGGGAACACAACAAAGCAGUCAUACGCCGCCAGGAGCAGCAGGAAGAUUCCUCUCAACCCAAGGCCAGGACACCACAGACGACUGAAGUGUCUGCCGAAGUUUUGACGUCAGAAACUAAGCCCAUUGGUGUUUCGAACAGGGCUGCUGCUUCGGAACCAGAAGCUCCCAAGUCUAUCAACGUCGCCGAGUCAGUGUGGUCGGCCUCCGGAGACAUGUUUCUCAACACACCCCAGGAUUUCCCCCUGUCAGAGGUUAGGAACACCACUCCUGAGCUCGACAUGACGAGCGCCUAUCAGUUCCACCAAAGCAAGCUUGCAUCCAGCCAAAUCAGUACUACUGAUGCAGCUCAACCUGCAACUAGUGAGCCCGACUGUGCUCAACAGACAGCAGUGGCUUCGAGGCCCCCCAAGCGUAAAGCAGAGGAGAUCUCUACUCUUGCCCCGGAGGAGGAGACUAUCGAGACAUCAAAGCAAACUGCCAGUGAGAUGCAGAUAACUUCCGGACAGGCCAUCCCGGCCUCUGUCAAGCCGGUCAACGAAUCUGCAACCCCGCCUUCCAAACGCCUGCGAGGUUUCUUGACCAAGGCUGGAUAUUUCCUUGGUGGAGGUGUCGUUACUGCUGCAGGUCUGGUGACGGCCCUCUCUGCUGCUGCUCCUGCCCUCUAG